CUAGCAGCCUUCGAGUGUCGGAGCAAGAUUCGCAGCAACUCUCAACGCUGUAACCGGAUCUUUCGGUUGAGAAGAUCGCAGUAUAAAUACCAAGCGCCAUCUUGGAUCCAAUUUCCCUUGCGUGGACGAGACGUCAGAAGCCCGAUGGAGAUGCGAGGACAAGCCAUGAAGACGGUGAUGCUGCUACAGGCGCUCGCGAUCGUCUGCGCGCAGACAGUCACUGAGCACGACGGGCUCCUCCAGAACACGAACGCGAUGAACGUGGCCAAGGCCGAACAGGCGGCGCGCGACGCGGCCCGCGACGAGGAAAACGUCUCGCUGCUCCUGGGGUCCGGCGUCAUCUUUGUUGCGGGCGUCGCGAUGCUCGGCAUCAUCGCGUACAUCGUGUACACGCAGCACAAGCGCAACGUCGCGCGCGACGAAGACAACCAGCUCAUGAAGUCGCUCCUCGACAGCGAAAUGGACUACGCAGCCAUGUAGACGCUGCGUAUAAUGAAUCUCGUAUUGUAUGGA